AUGAAUAGAAAUAAUCGAAAAAAGAAAAAAUCAAAGAUUAAAAAAAAGAUUAAUUCCUCUUUUAAUUUAAAUGACAAAAAUAAUGAAUCCAAUACAAAAAAAAAUUCCGACUGUAAUACUGUAUAUAAUGUAAAUUUAUCUAAUGAUUAUAAUGAAAAAGAAGAGUUAUACUUGAAUCAUAAAGUUGAAAAUAUACUUGAAGACCAAAGUUUGAAGAAAGAAAAAGAUAAUAAAGAAGAAAAUGCAUAUGAAAUGGAGGAAAAAAACAAAAGUAAAAAUAUAAAUAAAACAGAAAAAAGUAUGAACGAUGAUAAUGAUCCAAAUUAUAAGGAAACAAAUAAGCAAAUAAAAAACUUACAUAUAAUAAAUACAAAUAAAAUAAAAAAAUAUACUAAUAAAGUGGAAAAGGAAAAUAUAAGAGAAAAGGAAACUACUAUAAAUAAUGUAAUAAAAAAUGAAUUAAACUUAAAAAAUCAUGAAAUAUUUGAUAUUUUAAAGUUAAAUAAUAAAGAUACUAUAGAAGAAAAAGUAAAUAAGAUAUUUCCUUUAAUCGAUGUUGAUUAUAAUACUUUCUCAUAUUUUCAGGAAGCUGAAGAUGAUUUUGUUAAAGAAAUAAAUAAAGAAAUUUCAAAAUUUCAAAAUAAAUUUGAUGAUUUAUCUUUUUUACAAAAUAUAAAAAAGAACGAUAGUUUAAAUAGUAUCGGUGUUAACAAACAAAUAAAUAAAGAAACAUAUAUAGAAAUUAAUGAAAGUAAUCAAGAAAAAAAGCUUUCUUCUGUAGAGAGAAGGAAAAAUGAAGUAAAAGUAGAAACAAAAAUGAAUGCAAAUGAUUUUGAUAUUAAUGAAAUACCUUUAAAAAAAAACAUUUUUGGACAAAAAAUUUUUAACUUUUCAGAUAUUCAAUGUGAAAGUAAUAAUUUUUUCAUUCUAAAAAGAAAAAUUAAAAGAAAAAAAAAAAAAAAAAAAAAAAUGAUGACAAAAUAUUAUAAAGUAAUUAGAGAUUUAUGUCUAAUUAAAAAAGAAGAAAAUGAAAAAAAAAGAAAUAGGUAUUAUAUAUUUAAUUAUAAUUGUGGAAAUACAAAAAUUCAAUCUAUUACAGGAUAUAUUAGAUGCUUCAAAAAGUAUCAUUUAUAUGAAGAAAAAAAUAAUUUCUUAAGAAAAAAAACAAAUAACAUUAAUAAUAUAGAAAACGAAAUAAGAAUUUCAGUUUUACUUUGUGUUAAUGUGCCUAAUUGCAUAUCUCCUUCUGAAUUUUUAGAGUUAUUAUAUCCAUAUGAUUAUUUCAUAUUUUUUUUAAGAGUUUUAAACAAAAAAAAUAAUGAAGAAUAUAUGAUAUAUUUUUUAACAUUUGAUAUAUAUGCCAAAAAAAUUAUAAAAAGAGCAAAACAUAUAUUCUAUUUUAAUAUGAAAAAAAAGAAAAAUAUAAAAUUAUACUUAGUUAAAGAUAUUACUAUUAACGUUAACUCUAAUAUAAAUAAGAAAUGCAAGAACAUUGGUAGGAACAAAGUUUAUAAAAACAAAGAAAAUAAAACAAAAUACGCAUAUAAUAUAAAUAAAUUUAUUAAUCCACUUUACCUUAUAUCACAAAAUAAAUUUCAAUUGUCAUGUGCAGUUUGUUUAGAAGCUUUAUAUUCGGAAAAUUUAAGUAAAAUUAUUUCUUAUAUCUUCAAUUUAAAUUUUGAAAAACAAAAAAAAAAUGAUAAAAAAAAAGAUACAGAUGAUAACACAGUAAAAGAUUCAGUGAUAAAAGAUAAAAAUUAUGAUUAUAGUAGAGAAAAAAUGAAAUUAAAAGUAAAAGAUAAUGAUAUUGAGGAUAUAAUAUUUGAUUCUAUAAAAAAAGAAGACGAUAAUUGGAAAGGUAAUAAUAAUACUGAUAAUAUUCAUAAUGAAGAUCCUCAUAAAGACAAUAACUAUUUCGAUGAAUAUAGUAAAUCAAAUAAAGAGUUUAUUAAUAUGGAUAAUGAAAUCAUUAAGAAAGAAAAUCUUUAUCUGAACACUUUAAAUAGCUUUGUUAGUAAUGAUUAUAAUUACUAUUUAUCUGUUAUUCCUUUUAUUAAUAAUAUGCAAAAUAAAUAUAAUGAUCAACUUAAAAAAAAAGUUAAAAAUACAAAUAACCAAAUUUAUAAUAAUGUUUGCAUAAAUAUUUUAUGUAGUCAUAUAUUUCAUUCUAAUUGUUUGAAAAAGUGGUGUUUCACUUCUUGCCCAAUUUGUAGAUAUAAACAAUAUAAUUAUCAAGUAGCUAGUUGCAAUAUUUGCGAAAAAACUCAAAAUGUAAAAAUUUGUUUAUUUUGCGGAUUCAGUGGUUGUUCUUUUAAUUAUGAUCAGCAAAGAAAAUUAAGGGAGAAAAAAAAAAAAAAAAAAAAAAAAAUUUUUAAAAAAAAAAGGAAAAUUAUAAGAAAAAUAUAUUAUAUUUUUUCAAGAAUAACUGAUGCUUUUAAAAAAAGAGAAGAAAAUAUACAUCAAUAUUAUAACAUAGAAAGGAUAAAAUACAGACAUUAUUAUACUAAGAUGAAUAAAAUAGAAGAUUAUAGAAAUAAUAUAAUAGAAGAAAAUAAGAGAAAAUUCAAUAAAGAAGAAAUUAAUUUAAAAAAAAAAGGGAUAAAUGAAUAUUCUUACAAUAAAAAAGAAGUUAAUUUCUAUACAAAGGAUAACAUAAAGCAUUUAAAUGAAAAUAAAAAUAUUAAAAUUGUGCAUUUUACUCCGAUAGAAGAUAGUAAUAAAAAUGAUAAAAAAGAAAAUGGCGUAGGAAACAAUAUAAAUAAAUUAAUUUAUUUAAAUGAGAAUAAAAAGAUUAUUAAGAAUUUUAGAAAUUUCUCUAAGUAUAUAUAUAUAAUUAAAAAAAAAAAAGAGUAUUUAGAACGGGUAGAAAAAGUGGAAAAUGAAAAAAAUUGUUAUCUAUCUAAAAAGUAUAAAUUAACAAAAAAAAAGAAUUUCAAUAAUAAGUAUUUUCAGAAAAAAAAAAAAAAAGAAAGGAAAAAUAUUGCUGAUCAUGCGAAAAACCAUUUUUGUAAAACUAAUCAUAAUUAUUUUUUUGAUGUUGUAAAAAAUUCUGUUUAUGAUUAUAGUAGUUAUUUAUAUAUAAAAAAAUUAAUAAAUUUAAAAAGUGAAAAUAAAGAUUUAAAAAACAUAUACUCUGGAAAUAUGCAUAUUAGCGGUAAAGAAGAAAUUGUAGAUAAAAAAAACAUAAUUAUGUAUAUUUAUGAAUUUAAUCAAUUAUUAAGUGCCCUAUUAGAAAGUCAAAGAGAUCAUUUUAUAUCAUGUAUUUAUGAUUUAAAAUUAGAUUAUGAAAAAAUUAAUAAAGAUAAUUUAAAUGAAAUAAAUAAAAAUCUUAAUGAAAUGAAAAUUUUAAAAGAAAAAAAUUAUAAUUUAAAAAGUGAUCUCAAAAAAAAAAUAAACUUACUUCAUGACAAAAUACAAGCAAAUGAUGGAUUAUUGGAACAUUUAAGAAAUGUGGAAAUUAUAAAUGAAAAAUUAUGUGAAGAACAAAAGAAGGAAGUUUAUGAACACGAAAUGAAAAAGGAAAAAAACCAAAAUAUUAUAAAAGAGAAACAGCAAAUAAUACGAGAAUUAAAACAACAAAUUGUAGACUUAAGUUUUCAUAAACAGGCAACUGAUAAAUUUUCCCAAAAUUCAGAAAUCAAAAAUUCGUCAUUUAUGAUAGGAGAAAAAAUUAUGCAAAAAAAUAGGUUUAAAAAAAAAUAA